AUGGCACCAGGGCGUUGUAUUCGGAGCGGUCAACGUAACGACGUCGACCACCGCAUUCUGUUCGAACCGCCUAUCCCAUUUCGUUUGAUUCAACAGGCGGCCCUUGUACUAUUUUUCAAUGAGCACUUCCUUGCUGUGGUACGAGGUACUGAUACACUGUGUUCAACAGAUGUCGCCGUCGCCAAAGCUCCACUGCAGGAAAAUACAUCUCCAACUGCAAUAUCUGUGAGUACGCACGUACCGCUGGAGGAACGCGUGCAAGUAAUUGAAGACACCUUCGGCCUUCCUCAGGACAGAAUCAUCCGACACUCAGAGACGCGAAACGCAUGGCGAGAGAAGGCGCGAAAGAGUCGCACCUUCCGUUCAAAGUUGCUCUCGUGGAUAAAAGGGAAGUGGAAGCAUAUAUUGAUUGUUCUGACCGCUUGCAUCGGGAUCUAUGCAGCCAAACGGUUACUCACCCCUACUGAACCACCUCUGACGACAAAACUGUCUGCGUACUGGUACCUCGUAGGGCAGAGGGUGGAAGCCGGCAAAAUAGCGCAAACGUUCCCCGAAGAUGAAAUGCUCGAUUAUGCUGUUGAGGAAGCCGCGAAAAAGCAGAGAACAGCAGUGAACGAAAGAUCUAAGGUCAAAGCAGCUGUGGAAGCAGAACUCGUAGGGAAGAUUGUCAAGUAUUUGCGCGACGAAAGGAAUCGGAUCGAAGAGAGGUAUGAAGAUUUGGUUUCCGCGGAGAAGUCUUUAUAUGACGACGUGAAAAACCGGGAACACGAGCCUCUACCGACAGAGGAGGAAAGCGUCCUUCGGGGGCGAGGAGGCGACUUUGAAGAUGCACAAUGCUGGAAAAUUCUUCGAAGUAGCCUGGCAUCGCUGAGAGAAGAGCUUAUACCCGAGGAGGCGAAGCUGGUCAAGGCCGUUGAGGAGGCGCGCAGGACAAAUUCAGAAGAUACUGCUGUCCUUCAGCGGCAGCUGACGAUCGAGCGGGGGAAAAAGUACACACGUGACGUCCUCAGAAAUCUAGAACAGAUAGAGACGCGCUUCAGACAAGUUUUGCACGUGGACCCACAGGCACCGUUCGACGAGACGGCUCCAGAUUCUGGCACCGCCUAUCAGAUAUUAGCAGAAAAGGUAUUAGAGAAGGCGCGCAGAGAACGGAAAUAA